AUCUUUUUCAAUCUUACAUCCCAUUCUCAUCUUUAUUUUUUUCUUUCCCCCUUUCUUUAAAACCUUAUCAUAUAAAUACAUCCUCUUUUCCCAACUUCCUUUCUCUCAAAUCAAUAAGGACUUUUUGUGUUUGUUGUUCAAGUUUUGGUACCACUCCUCUCCCUCUUACCAAAUGACUACUAGAUACAAAAUACCAUAACCAUAAAACACCAACAAAAACACCAUUGAUUUCCUCUCUCCUUGACUACCCUUUUUUUUUUUUCGUUUUUUGAUACUUGUUUCUCCAUCAAAAUUAUAGAGGGAACAAAGAAAGAAAUAGGGGAAAAAAGGGACAAAGGCCUAUUAUUACUUCUUCUUCUUCUUUUCUUCUAGAGUUGUUCUGUACUAACUUAAUACUACAAGAAAGAAAAAAAGCUUUACUUGAUUUUAGCCCUCCAUUUCUUUGAUGUUUUGAGGGUUAAUUUGGGUUCUAGACAAGAAAGAAGAAACAAGGAAUCAUGGGGCGUUCACCAUGCUGUGAGAAAGCUCAUACGAAUAAAGGGGCAUGGACUAAAGAAGAAGAUCAGCGUUUAAUCAAUUACAUACGUGCUCAUGGUGAAGGUUGCUGGAGAUCUCUCCCUAAAGCAGCAGGGCUGCUUAGGUGUGGUAAAAGUUGUAGGCUUAGAUGGAUAAACUACCUUCGUCCUGAUUUGAAAAGAGGAAACUUUUCUGAGGAAGAAGAUGAGAUCAUUAUCAAGCUUCAUAGUCUUCUAGGCAACAAAUGGUCAUUGAUAGCUGGAAGAUUGCCUGGAAGAACAGACAAUGAGAUCAAGAAUUAUUGGAAUACGCAUAUUAAGCGAAAACUCAUUAGCCGUGGGAUUGACCCUCAAACUCACCGGCCGAUGAAUGGAACUGCAGCCGCGGCCGUUGCUGCCACGGAUACUUCCUCAACCCAGCAACCUAAAACCAUCCCAUCCAACAACAUUUGCCUAGACUUCAGAAAUAUUACAUCCUUUCCCCAGAAGCCCAUUUUCGCCGUGGCAGGGGAUGAUCAAAUCGGGAAGUUUAAAGAUACUAUCAUCAAAACAAGGGAAUCAUCCGUUGAUGACACGAAAUGUAGCAGUGGCACAACGGAGGAAACCCUCACGCCGCGAGAACAAGUGGUGAAAGUCGAACAGAACGAGGACGUGUGGGGUGGCGGCAUUGAUCUUGAGCUGUCCAUCGGACUUCCGCAGCCCAAGUUGUCUACUGGUAUUAACUUCAGUUCAUCGUUUAGUUCCGCGGAUUCUAAGGCUUUCACCGGUAUCUGGGCCGCCGCCACCGCACCACCGCAGCCGGUGGCGAUGACCAACGGAGCAGUUGUGACAAAUCUAGUGUGUUUAUGUUGGCAACUUGGACAUAAAAGUGGUCAGCUAUGUAGAAAUUGUGAAGUGGCAAAUGGUGUAUACAGAUACCGUUGAACAAUUUUAAAACAAUGUUAUUAGUAGUACAACUUUCUUUUUUGAGGUGCAUUAGUUAUAUAUAAGUAGUGGUACCUUGGUAGAUAUCAUGUAAUGAAAUCCCCAAUCAUAGAACUUGUUAAUUUUGGCACUCACAUAAAAGUGAAAUCACGAGAUUAUGAAAGAAAAAAAAAAUUGAGAAAUGAGAAUUUAUGGAGGUUAAUUUUUUUCUUUUCUCUGGGAGCCCUUUUGAGUUUUGACGCGAG